CAGUGGGAUUGAACCCGGAACCAUGUGGUUGGAACCCUCCAUCCGUAUGAUAAAUAACCAACCCAUGAAAUCAGCCCUUGAGUUUGAUCUGCCCAUAAAGAAAGGCUAUAAAGCAAAGGACCUGAUUGAUGGAAUCUGCAAAGAAUUUGGAUUAAAUGACAAUUCAGUAAAACUUUGGGAGUUCAUCAAUCCAGACAUUGGAACCAGAACAUGGAAAGGCUGCAAAGAUGUUGUUCCUGUUGCUAUGGAUCAAAAGUUUAUCAUCAAUGAAGACAAAUUUGAAGUGUUGAUGGAAAACGGAAGCAACCUUCCAAAACUUGUCAAGGAACUAAUAUAUACUGUUAGUUAAAAAUUUUGAUUCUUCAUGAAUAUCAACCAAACAGAAAAUAUUGAUUGUUUGUGAAAUAAAAUUUGUUUCCUUUGAUUAUAAUAAAUAAAAAAAAUAUAUAUAUAUA